CGAACGAACGCGAAGGCUGCGCUGGUCGGCUUCUCUUCCGCUUCGAUACUACUCCGGCGCAAAGGAGAACGAGAGAUCCGAUAGCAGACAGAAGCCAACAACCGUGGCCCUAACCAUGGCGAUGUGUCUUCGGAGAGCUCUCCAGUCGAGAAGCCUUCUCCUCCUCCGAGCUCCUCGUUGUGUCGUCGCUCUGUCGCCCUCGUCGUGCGUCUCUCCUCGCGAUCCCGCACUGGAGGAGGCGUCCGUUCUCGGCAUUCGUGGCGGCUUCUUCCGUGUAGGUUCCGACUACUCGUUGGGAAGUCGGAGGGGCUUCGCUAAGGGAAAGAAGUCAAAGGAUGACAACAACGACGAGAAGAUUCAGGUUGAUCCUAACUUCGGUCCAACGGUGAAGUCAACCACUCUUUCACAGAUGGAGGCUGCAAUUGUUGCUUUAUCGCGGGAGUUAAGUAAACUCAGGACUGGAAGAGCAUCUGCUGGAAUGCUUGAUCAUAUCCUGGUAGAAACAGGUGGUGCAAAGAUGCCUCUGAAUCAUGUUGCUGUUGUUUCAGUCAUAGACUCGAAGACUCUCUCAGUGACACCUUAUGAUCCCACUGCUUUGAAGGCAGUAGAGAGUGCAAUAAUUUCAUCACCGUUGGGUUUAAAUCCGACGCCUGAUGGCCAACGAUUAAUUGCAGCAAUUCCACCACUCACAAAGGAGAACAUGCAGGCACUCUGCAAGGUAGUCACAAAAUCUUCUGAAGAUGUUAAACAAAGUAUCAGAAGAGCACGUCAGAAGGCACAGGAUUCUAUAAAAAAGGUGGCUGCAGGAUUCCCAAAAGACGAUAUAAAGAGGCUUGAGAAGGAGAUCGAGGAGAUGACCAAGCGCUUUGUGAAGACCGCGGAUGAUAUGUGCAAGGCGAAGGAGAAAGAAAUCACCAAUAGCUGAGUUGAAUUCUACCAGUAACUUUUGCUUAAGCCCGGGGAAUCAUCCACCCAAAGGAAACAGAAACAUUGGCAGCACAAAACAUCUAGCUUGAGAGGCAUGAUUUGCCAAGAGGAAACUGCUUCUUUACACUUCAAAUUUUUAACAGGAAUAUUGGUUCUUUUCCGAUAAAUUUUUUCUGUGCCUUCGUGUAUUUACUCUACUUUAUGACCGGAUGCAGUUAGUCAUCUAAUGUAAACUUUGACCUGAGUUGAUGUACCAGCAGAUUUUGGCAAUUCUAGUUUACAGAAUUGUCUUGUUCCGAAACUAA